CAAAUUAUGGGUCGAAGCGAGAAGGAUGCCCUGACUGCUACCCAGAUUAUGUAUCCCCUCAUGCAGUGUGCUCAUAUAUUGUUUCUCAAGGUAGACAUAUGCCAGAUGGGUUUGGAUCAAAGAAAGGUGAAUAUGCUUGCUAGAGACUAUUGUGAGGCCAGCAAAAGGAAUAGCAGGCCAAUUAUUCUAUCACGCCAUAUGUCGUCUGGUAUUAAAGAAGGUCAGCAAAAAAUGUCAAAGAGCGAUCCAUCCUCGGCUAUUUUUAUGGAAGACAGUGAGUCUCAGGUGAAUGAGAAGAUAAGACUGGCUUUCUGCCCUCACAAAGUUACUGAAGGAAAUCUAUGCUUGGAGUACAUCGAGUACAUAGUCUUGCCCAAGUCUGGAAGGUUUGCUGUGCUUUGCAAGGAAACUGAUGGCAGUAACAGGGCCUACAGUAAAAUAGAACAACUCCAUGAAGAAUACCGUAGUGGCACUCUUCACCCUGAUGAUGUGAAGCUCGCUCUCGCAAAAGCAAUAAACGAGAUAUUGCAGCCUGUUCGCGAUCACUUUGAAAAGCAUCCUGACGCCCAAGCUCUGCUUGAUACUGUCAAGGCGUACAGAAGAACCGGUGGGUCUCAAAUGCAGAGUGGAGGUGAUCAUACCAGCAAGGAACCUGAACGCCGUAGUGCCUGA